CUUAGCUGAGUACAGGGAGUAGACAACCAGGAAGUGCGGCGGACCCGGGGUGUACAGGAUGAAUGGAAACAUGAUAAACACUGUGUCCAGGUGAACAAGAAGGACAGAACGAGAGUCACAUGACGUCCACUUAAAGGGCUUUGAAAUGAGUCGGACUAUAUCACCUUCCACCUAUGUCCGUAACCUCAGCCCUGCACUUCUGCGCCAGUUAGCAGAUUUUCUUGAUCCCCAAGAAGGAUGGAAGAGGCUGGCUUUGGACAUAAGGAAAGCGUCAGGAGAGCCUCGAUAUACACAGUUUCAUAUAAGGCGCUUUGAGGGAGUCAUUCCGAAGGGGAAAAGCCCUACACAUGAGUUACUGUAUGACUGGGGGACAACAAACUGCACUGUGAAAGAUCUUACUGACCUGCUGCUGAGGAAUGAAUUCUUGACGGCAGCUUCCCUUUUUCCAUAUGAGCCACAAUCAAGCGCUAGUUUUCCGACACGUCCGGUGGAUGAAUUGCAGAAGCCACAGACAACGGAGACAAGUAGCAACACGGAACCUGGAAAGCUUCUUCCUGAAAGUGCAAAACCGGAGGAAAAUGAUGAGGAGACAACAGGUUUGGGUUCUUACUCCUUUAAUGAGUUGAAGAAAAUUACCAGAGACUUUGAUGAGCGAUCACUUUCUGAAGGAGGAUGUAAGCUUGGAGAGGGUGGCUUUGGAGUUGUUUUCCUAGGCCAUUGGAAGAAUGAAAAAGUGGCAGUAAAAAAGCUUACAACUAUGGCCGAUGUUAGUUUACUGGACCUUAAAGAUCAGUUUGAGCAAGAAAUAAAAACAAUGGCUCAAUGUCAUCAUGAAAACAUUGUGAAACUACUUGGCUUCUCCAAUGAUGGUGACAAUUAUUGCCUGGUUUACACCUACAUGUCUAAUGGUUCCCUUCUGGACCGACUGGCUUGUCUGAAUAACACGCCUCCGUUGGCCUGGAGUAAGAGAUGCAAUAUUGUAUUGGGAACAGCACAUGGAAUCAGAUAUUUACAUGAAAACGGUCAUGUCCACAGAGACAUUAAGAGUGCAAAUAUCCUUCUAGAUGAUAAUUUUAUCGCUAAAAUCUCGGACUUUGGCCUUGCGAGAGCUACUGGACACCUGGCUCGGACCAUGAUGACAGAAAGAAUUGUAGGCACCACAGCCUACAUGGCCCCAGAGGCCCUACGGGGGGAGGUCACUAUAAAAUCUGAUAUAUUCAGCUUUGGAGUGGUAUUGCUGGAAAUAAUCUCUGGACUUGCACCAUUUGAUGAGGAACGGAACCCAGCAUUACUGCUUGACAUCACAGAAGAAAUUGAGGAAGAAGAAAAAACUCUUGCGGAAUAUGUGGAUAAAAAGAUGAAAGACGUCCAGCACCAUGUAAUUGAGAAAAUGUACUGCGUUUCUUGUCAGUGCUUGAACCAAAUGAAAAAUAAGAGGCCAAACAUUAACACGGUCCUGCAAGAUUUGGAAAAUAUUGCCAGCAUCCAUUAUGGUUCCUGAUUCAUGCUACAUAUAUUGGGUGUCCAUGUAUUUGACCUAUUUUUAUUUCAAUAAACUAUUACUCUUUUCAAGAAUCUGGAGGUAGAACAUUAAUAAAGAGUCCCUCAGAGAAAUCUAGUGGGAACACCUUUGGGAUUGUACAGAAUCUAGGAUAAAGGAAACUAGAGCAGUGGUCAUAGCAGCUGCUGAGGUCAAUAAGCCCAGUUUCCCCAUUUUUCAUAAAAAAUUUUUAUUUAAAAAAAAAUAUUGUAUAAUAAAACUAGAAUUUAAUAUAUGU